AUGGCGAUUAAGCGAAAGUCUCAAGCUACCUCCGUCGUCGCUUCUUCCUCGAGGAAAGUUUUCAAACACAGGAAGCUGACGGAGAAGAUCCUGAAGGCUGCCUAUGAGCAGCAAAAGGAGGUUAAGGAUGAAGAAAACGCCGAGAAAAUAUCCAUGAUCGCCUCUUUCAAGCAGGCAGUGCCGUAUGGGUUUAAAGACUUUACUGAUGAUGUUAGUGAUGAUGAGCAAUCCCAAGAGUUUCAGGGCCAAUUUGAUUACCAAGAGAUGAACAAUGAGGAAGAAGUGAAGUCACUUGAUGCAUUCUUUGAAGCUCCAACAAAACGCAGUCUUGCUGAUAUCAUAACUGAUACCAAGAAGCUCACAGAUAUUAAAGAUGAUGCUACAGGUUCAGAUUCUGUAGCAGAAACUACUCUCAUUGACUAUCUUCAAAGUCUAGGCAAGUUUAUGUGUGAAUACACAAACGGGAAAACUCCAAAGGCUUUUACACAUAUUGCUGCAAUGAAAAACUGGGAUAGUGUAUUGAAGUUGACUCAGCCAGAGAAUUGGUCACCUAAUGCAAUGUACAAAGCCACAAGAAUGUUCUCCUCAGCUAACGCGAGCAAAGCUAGACGCUUCUACGAGCUUUUUCUUCUUCCUCGGAUUCGUGCUGAUAUCAGAAACCAUAAGAAGCUGCAUUUUGCCCUCUACCAGUCUUUGAAAAAGGCACUUUUCAAGCCUGAGGGGUUUUACAGAGGAAUUGUAUUCCCUCUCUGUAAGUCUGGAACAUGCAGCGUCAAGGAAGCUGUUAUUAGUACAAGUAUAAUGCAAAAGGUUUCUAUCCCUGAAAAUCUCUCAAGUACUGCCUUGGUAUACUUGGUGGAGAUGGAGUUUUGUGACACAACAAGUUACUUCAUAAAAGUUAUCUUGGAGAAGAAGUAUGCUCUGGCGUAUGGGGCGGUUGAUGCGGUCACUGCUCACUUUUUGAGAUUUCAUACGGAGACAAGAGUUUUGCUAGUCAUUUGGCACCAAACUCUUCUUGCUUUUGUGCAACGGUACAAGCAUGAACUAAGAAAGGAAGAUAAAAAGAGUCUCACAAGUCUACUUGACAAGCAAAGUCACAACCUUAUUACUCCUGAAAUUGGGAGAGAGCUUGAGAAUAGCAGAAACAGGGGAGAGAAGGAGGAGGACAAUUCACAUUCAGCUUCUACGAUCAACAACAAGCCAAUCAAAGAAGACUGGUUUGACAUGCCACAAGUUCCCAUGGAAGAAGACUAG